AUGGCGGUAGCGUUGGAGUGUGCCCUGCGGGAGGCGAUGGCCGCGCUGGAGCCGGGUGGGGAAAGCCCGGUGGCGGCUCUGGGCGCGGUGCGGGCCGCUCUGGCUGCGGCGGCGGGGGACACGGCCGCCCUCGGGGAGCAGGAGCGGGCGCUUUUCGGCGCCUUCCUGAGGAGCCUGGUCCGGGCGUCCCGCGAGGCGCGGCCCGAGGGCGUGUGGCAGAGCUGCUUCCUGGAGGGCCCGCCCGGCCUCGCCCUCUGCGUCCUGCUGGAAACCCUCUCCUCCCCGGGUCCCAGCAUUCACCUGAGGGAGGUUGUUGAGGUUCUGGAGCAGUUCCUGCAGGAGGGCCGGGUCGCGGCUCUGCUGUGGGAGGUCUGCCAGCAGCCCGCGCAGCCUGGCGCCCCUGAGCUGCAAGAGGCCGUGCUCAGCAGGGUUGCCUGUUUGCCUGAUCAUGUCAGCAAUCAGCUCCAGGGGAAAAGCCCACCAGUGUUCUUCCCGCAGAACUACUUUCCCCUCUUGGGUGGUGCAGUUAUCGAGGUGCUGCAGAAGAUUUCCGAUUCACUAAGAGGUGGCUUGGAUUGCUCAAUCUCUUUUCUUUCUCAUGUCCUGGGGAAGGUAUGCGUCCAUGGAAGGCAAAAGGAGAUCCUGAGUGUCCUGGUGCCCCACCUGACAGAGCUGACCCAGUCAGACUGCAUCUGGCAGAGGAUGUGCUGGCGGCUGGUGGAGUGUGUGCCGGAGCGCUGGAUGGAAGCGGUGCUGCUCGGCUUUGUGCAGAGAGCCCCUGGGGCAGAUGUCUUGUCUAGGUUACUGGGGAACCUGGUUGUGAAGAACAAGAAGGCUCAGUUUGUGCUGACACAGAAGGUGCUGCUCUUGCAGUAUGGCCACAAGACUGCAGUGCUGCAGAACCUCCUUGGCUACCUGUCCCUGGAUCCCCUUCGGCGUCCCUUCCUGAUCCAAGUGCUCCAAGAACUGCUGGAGACCUGGGGCAGCAGCAGUGCAGUGAAGCACUCUCCACCUGAGCAGCAGCAGUACAUUAGCAAGGCCAUCCUCAUCUGCCUCUCACACCUGAAGGAGUCUGAAAUUGAGAGCUGCAGACAAGAGCUGCUCACAAGCAUGAUGGAGGGUGUGAAAUGCCACCUGGACAGCAACCUGCCACACAUCCGGCGGCUGGGCAUGAUUGUGGCAGAGAGCAUCAGUCUGAAGAUAAACACUGAUGGGCCUGUCCUGAAGUUUCAGUAUGAAGAAGAUGAUGAAACAAGAGAAUUGAAGUCCCUUCUGGUGCAGACUACACCAUGCUGUGCUGUUCCCAGCCUCCCAAAUGAAGAAGAGGAUGAGAAGCCAUCGGUGUCAGACGGUGACAGGAGAUCCCAAACAGCAGCCCCUGUGGUCCCAGCUGGGGAGUCAGACUCUGAGCUUGACAGUGAUGAUGACCUCAUCCCUUACGACAUGUCAGAGGAUAAGGAACUGAAGGCCAAGGCUCCUCUGUAUCUCCGGGACUGUAUUGAAGUGCUGACAGGCUGUGAGGAUGUGGACAAAUGGGAAGCUACAGUCAAGGCUCUCGAGAGCUUGAUCCGGAGGAAUCCAGCAGCAGCAAGAGAGGUUAGUGUGGAACUGGCAAAAAUCUUACUGCACCUGGAGGAGAAGACCUGCACUGAAGGCUUUGCAGAGCUCCGUCAGAGAGCUCAAGUAGCUGUUUUAACCACAGAUCCAAUACCUGUGGCACAGUACCUGACCUCCCAGUUCUACUCUCUCAACUACAGCCUCCGUCAGCGUGUGGACAUCCUGGAUGUAUUGGUUUUGGCAGCUCAGGAACUGUCCUGUCCCAAAACCCAUGGAAAGACCAAGCAUUCUGUCACCUCAAAACCUGGUAUCCAGCUCCUUCCUGGAAGUGACAGCUCCAAGGACUGGAGGAGAAUUGUUGAUGAGAGAAUCAAAAGCAAGACUCGGAGAAUUGCUACGGGUCAGGCUCAAGUGGAACUGGCUUCUGGCCCAAAUGAGUUCAACUCUGUUGCUGGGCACUUCUUUUUCCCAUUGAUUCAGCACUUUGACAGGCCUUUGACCACAUUUGAUCUCCUGGGGGAAGAUCACUUUGUCCUUGGAAGACUGGUCCACACGUUAGCAGUCCUGAUGUACUUGGCUGUCAACACUGUGGCAGCCACUGCAAUGGGAAAGGCCCUGCUGGAGUUUGUUUGGACUCUGCGCUUCCACACUGACUGCUACGUGCGCCAGGGGCUGCUGUCCUGCAUCUCCUCCCUGCUCCUCAGUGUCCCUGCAGAGCGUCUGCUAGAAGACAUGACAGAAGAGCUCCUGGAGGCCCAGUCCUGGCUGGGAGAUGUGGUCGAGAAAGAUCCAGAUGGUGACUGCAGGAGGCUGGCCUUGCACAACUUACUGCUGAUGGAGAACCUGAAAAAGAAACUCCAAAUCAUCCCUUCCUAG